AUGCCGCGGCCGGAGGUGCAGGCCCCGCCGGAGAUAUUCUACAACGAGUCGGAGGCGCGCAAGUACACCACCUCCUCCCGCAUCAUCGAAAUCCAGGCGAGGAUCUCCGAGAGGGCGCUGGAGCUGCUGGCGCUCCCGGACGACGGCGUCCCCAAGAUGCUGCUCGACAUCGGGUGCGGCUCCGGGCUUAGCGGUGAGACGCUGACGGAGCACGGGCACCACUGGAUCGGCUGCGAUAUCUCACAGUCCAUGCUUGAUGUUGCUUUGGAGCGGGAGACGGAGGGAGACCUCCUGCUUGCAGACAUGGGCGAGGGCUUAGGCUUGCGCCCAGGAGUUAUGGAUGGUGCAAUUAGUAUUUCAGCAGUCCAGUGGUUAUGCAAUGCGGACAAGUCUUCUCAUGAACCAAGAUUGCGGUUAAAGGCUUUCUUUGGAUCACUAUAUAGAUGCUUAGCAAGGGGAGCAAGGGCUGUUCUACAGUUUUAUGCUGAUAAUGUGAAACAAACCGAAAUGCUCGUGUCUUUUGCCAUGAAAGCUGGAUUUGCUGGUGGAGUGGUUAUUGACUGGCCUCAUAGUUCGAAAGCAAAGAAGUCCUACCUUGUCCUCACUUGUGGUACAUCUUCUGUCGCAUCUCUUCCAAAGGGGAAAGGUGAAAACGGUGAGAUGUGCAGCAGUGAUGAUGACGGUGAUGAUGAUGAGAGCAACGAUGACCAAACAGUUGGCACAUAUGGACGGAACAGGUCGAACAAGAGGCAGAAGGUGAACAAGAAGAACGGCAGGGGCAAGGAUUGGCUGCUGAGGAAAAAGGAGCAGAUGAGGAAAAGAGGCCGCGACGUCCCCGCCGACACGAAAUACACAGGGCGGAAGCGGAAAACCCGCUUCUAA